CGGCUUCGGAUCCUUCCCCCUAAACCCUGAUUGGUCCGUCAAACCCACCUUCAACAAAAAUAAAAACUAAAAAUAUCUUCCACAGAACCACCAAUGUCGGCGGUGCAACAAUGGUCACGCCGGUCAACACACCGCCAUUGCCAAUUUGCCUACCAGAUUUUUAUAUACAUUACCUAUAUAUACACACUCCAAUCUCCCUAUGUCCCCCACCGACCAUUCACAAAAUUCAUUCAUUAUAUUAUGUGUCUUCAAUGAAUCCCCACUCUUCAUUUUCUCCGGCAGGAUCCGACCCGAUUUCAUCGGCAUUUGGAGAUACGAAUGUGGCGACAAUUCGAGAAGGGGAGAUGAUUCCCCGACCGCUAGAGAAUUUACAAGGAACACAAAUUCCAGCAUUUUUGUCAAAAACUUUCGAUCUAGUGGACGACCCGACACUAGACCCGAUUAUCUCAUGGGGUAGGAGUGGGCAAAGCUUCGUCGUCUGGGAUCCAGUGGCAUUUUCGAGAACAAUCCUGCCGAGGAACUUCAAACACAACAAUUUUUCGAGCUUUGUUCGACAACUUAACUCAUAUGGAUUUCGCAAGAUAGAUCCCGACAAAUGGGAGUUCGCAAAGGAAAGCUUCUUACAAAACCACAAGCAUCUUUUAAAGAACAUUCAAAGGCGUAGAUCGAAUCAACCGAUGUCAACAAGCACCCGCUUUUUAGCCAAUGAAGAAUUUAACAACCUGGAAGCUGAGAUACAAAGACUACACAAACAAAAGACAGAAAUGAUGCAACAAGUCAUCGAAUUAAAGCACGAAAACCGCGAAACACACAAGUAUAUGGAAUCAAUAAACGAAAAACUCAAAGCUGCUGAGAGUAAACAGAAGCAAAUGCUUUUGUUUAUGGCGAAAAUGUUUCAAAACCCGACAGAACAACACGAGCAAAUGCUGCGAGUUUCGUCUCCAAGAACCGCUCGGAAGUUUGUCAAACAUCAACCCCAUGAUGGUUUUGAGUCAAAAGGAAAGAAUGUGGUGGAGAAUGAUCACUCAGAAGCUGUGCUGGAUUACCCAUUGGACCCGCUUUCGGGUCGGAUAGGUGGCAUUAGUGUGAAAGAGGAGGAUAUUUGGAGUGAUCUUGGAAACUAUGAGUUGUCGGAAUUGUGGGAUUUAGGGACUUCUGGUGGUGAUAAUUGGCAAGGUGAUGGUAGUUUUAGUAAAAUGGAUCCUUGAGGGAAUUGGAUUCGAAUUCGGGUUAAAACAAAAUGGUGUAGGUAAUGUGAAUAUUUAGUAAUGAUAAAACCAAUGCUUUAAAAACCGGUUCAAACUGGCUGGUUGUA